UUUAGGCCCUCAGAAUCGACAUAUUUCAUUUCCAGCUUUCACAUCUCUUACAGCAGGGGUGCGUUCAGAUUCCUCACCCGAGUGUCUUCAAAUGUAGUUUUAUCCUUGUUUAACAUUCAGUAUAUAUAUAUAUAUAUAUAUAACAAGGAUAAAAUGAUACCUGGAAACACUCGCGUGGGGAAUCUGAACGCAGCCCUGAUGUCCAUAAAAAAAAAGGGGGGGGGCAGUUUUCUUUGUUUACAUGUUUUUUUUAGGAACGUCGGUAAAACAGCGCAAUGCAACGUCACAGAAACACCAGAGCCGACGGGGAGAGACGCUACCGCCUUGCCUUCUCUAGUCCUCUACUCCUCUGUCCUCUCGCGUCACAUCACAAAUGGCCGGCGACACGGGGAAGGCAGACGCCGUGAUCUCGUCGUUUUUCGGGAAUUAUUCGAUCAUCCACGCGACGGCGACGAGAUGAUACCCGGCUGCAGACGCGAUCUCGCCCCCUCGAUCGAGAAUACGUGAAGCUCGCAGUUAGAACCAAUCUCCACCAUGAUCACAUGGAACUCGUGGCUCGUUGCUUGCCUCCUCUGCUACGCCGUUUUCUCCUGCCAUGGCUCUCUUCUUUUGUUUGCCACUCACAAGGACAUCAGGGUGGCCAACAUCUCUCGCAGCAACAAGGUCAACAUCAUCGUCAAGGAUUUAUCGGAAGGCGCGUCACUGGACUUCUUUUAUGAACGCAGGCUGGUCUGUUGGUCUGACAGCGUUUUGGAGAUGAUACAGUGCAUGCGUUAUAACGGCACACACACUGGUGAGAGGAUAACGGUGGUGAAUUCGAGUCUGAUAUCGCCGGAUGGUCUCGCCUGCGACUGGUUCACGGACAAACUGUACUGGACGGACGGUGAGAAGAAUCGGAUCGAGGUUACCAGCAUCGAUGGUUAUAACAGGAAGGUGCUUUUCUGGACGGACAUCUAUCAACCGCGGGCGAUCGCCCUCGCGCCGAUGGAGGGCCUCCUUUUCUGGACCGAUUGGGGCGACGUGCCAAAGAUCGAACGCGCCUCGAUGGACGGUAAUCCGAACACGCGCGAGAUCAUCGUCUCCGAUGACAUAUUCUGGCCGAAUGGUCUGACGAUUGACUACGAGAAUAAGCUUGUCUACUGGGUGGACGGAAGGCUCUGGUUCAUUGCCGUGAUGGACUAUAACGGGCACAACAGGCGCAAGCUGGUAACCCACGACCUGGACUACCCGUUCGCCAUAACGUUUUUUAACAAUCGACUCUACUGGACCGACUGGAAGACCUGGUGCAUCCACUCGUACGACCUCAACCAGCCACAGUCGCACCCGCGUGAAUUGUUUCACGGCGAAUACAUACCUGGUGAUAUUGAAGUCUGGGACGCGAAGAGGCAGCCGGGCGGUGACAAUCCUUGCAGGCACAACAAUGGCAACUGCUCUCACCUGUGUCUUUUGAGCUCGGAGAAAUCUGGGUACAGCUGCGCCUGUCCCACGGGCGUGAAACUGAUCGACAAGUACACAUGCGCCAGUAGGGCCGAGCAGCUGCUGCUGAUCGUUCAACGAACCGAAAUCUGCCGGAUAUCCUUAGACUCGCCCGACUACACAAACUUCGUGUUGCCGCUCACCGGCAUCAAGCACGCGAUCGCGAUCGAUUUCGAUCCGGUGGACGAGUUGUUGUACUGGAGCGACGAGAAAACGACUGCCAUCAGGCGAGCCCCUCUUGACGGGUCCACUCAGCAAAACGUGAUUUCCACAGAGAUCGCGAAUCCGGAUGGUAUUGCGAUAGAUUGGAUCGCCCGUAAUCUUUAUUGGACCGAUACCGGGACCGAUCGGAUCGAAGUAGCGCGGCUAGACGGGAGAUAUCGGCGUGUGCUGGUGAACGAAGAUUUGUCCGAGCCCCGAGCAAUUGCGGUCGCUCCCGAACACGGAUGGAUGUUCUGGACCGAUUGGAGCGAGAAGCGGCCGAAGAUGGAGCGCAGCAAUCUUGACGGUAGCGAGCGUACGUUGCUCGUUACUAAGGACAUCUUCUGGCCGAACGGUAUAGCCCUGGACUUCGAGCGCAACAAGAUCUACUGGUGUGACGCGAAGACUGACAAAAUCGAAGUGUCAAAUAUGGAUGGUACCGAUCGGCGCGAGGUCAUCACCGACAAUCUGCCGCAUCUGUUCGGUCUUACUCUGCUGGGUGACUAUUUGUACUGGACCGACUGGCAGCGUCGCAGCAUCGAUCGGGCGCACAAGCUCACUGGUGGCGAACGCGAAAUUAUUGUCGACCAAGUACCAAACGUGAUGGGGAUUAAGGCUGUGCAUCUUGGUCGAAUGAAUGCCAGCAAUUCGCCGUGCGCUCGCGACAAUGGUGGUUGCAGCCAUCUCUGUUUUAACAGACCUAACAACAGGUACGUCUGCGCCUGCCAGAUGGGCUACGAAUUGACCAAGGACAAGCGCACGUGUGUCGUGCCAGAUGCUUUCCUGUUAUUUUCCAGGAGGGAAAAUCUUGGCCGAAUCAGUAUCGAGAAUGUUAACAAUGAUAAUAUCAUACCUGUUACCGGUAUCAAAGACGCCAGCGCUAUAGACUUUGACUUGUCGGAAAACCGCAUUUAUUGGACGGAUGUUAAGUUAAAAACCAUCACGCGUGCCUUUAUAAAUGGAUCAGACAUUGAAAAGAUAGUUGAUCUCGGUUUAGAGUCGCCAGAAGGCAUUACGUUCGAUUGGAUUGCACACAAUCUCUAUUGGAGUGAUACCGCCAUGCGUAGAAUAGAGAUGAUGAGAAUAGAAGGAGGCAGCAGGAAAAUACUUGUAUGGCAAAAUCUUAUUGAGCCUAAGAACGUGGCUGUGGAUCCACAAAGAGGCCAUCUAUAUUGGGCCGAGUGGGGCAGUGCCGGCAGUAUCGAAAGGGCCUUGUUAGAUGGCACACAGCGACAGGUGAUUGUCUCGAACAUUGGUCGAGCGAACGGUUUGACUAUCGACCAUGUGGGGCGCAAAUUGUACUGGGCGGACGUCUCUGCACCUGCCAUUGACUGUUACGACCUGCAGACGCAACGCAAGGAUGCCAUCGUUUCGCGUCACAUAGUCUAUCCGUUCAGCGUUACACAAUACCGAGAUUACAUAUACUGGGCCGAUUGGAAUACAGGUGACAUCGAGAGAGCGGAUAAGCUCAAUGGGGCGAAUCGUACCAAGAUCCACACUAAUCUGGCAUCGGUGACGGAUCUGAAGGUGUUUCACGCGUCGCGCCAGGCCGGCUCAAACCCAUGCGCGAUUGCAAAUGGCAAUUGUAGCCAUCUCUGCAUCGCUCUGCCGGGUCCUAAUGACGGUGUAUCCGUCAGUCACAAAUGCGCAUGUCCUACGCAUUAUAAUUUAGCGCGAGAUAAUCGGACCUGCAUAGCGCCGCGGCAUUUCAUGAUCUACAGUCAGAAGACUAUGAUCGCACGCUAUUUACCCGAUCAGACGAACGAUUGUGCGGACGUGACGUUACGUAUACAAGGUUUGAAAAACAUUCGCGCAAUUGAAUUCGAUCCGGUGACACAGCACGUUUAUUGGAUCGAUGGUCGCACGAUUCGUCGUGCCUUGGAGAAUCGGACCCAGCACAGCAGCUCGGUUGUGAUGUCUAUUGGGGGGGAUGGACAUCUGUUCGACCUUGCACUGGACCCACUCGGGAGGCUGCUCUUUUGGACAUGUUCGUCGAACGACGCGCUCAAUGUCACACGGCUAGACAAUGGCUCGGCUCUCGGUGUCGUGGUGAAAGGUGAUGGCGAGAAGCCGCGUCAUAUAGCAAUUUACUCGGAACAGCGAUUGCUCUUCUGGACGGACAUAGGUAAAAAGCGAGUGGUACGCAGCAAGAUGGACGGCAAGGAGCGUCAUGUGAUCGCUAGCGAUUUGUCGGAACAGCCCACCGGCUUGACAGUAGACACCGCAACGAACAUCAUCUACUGGGCGUACGGCAAACACAUCGAAUGCUCCAACUUUGAAGGUGGCGAUCGCAAACUCUUAGCCACCACGCAGGGCGUGGCAUCAUUCUUAUCUGUUCUCUUUGACUAUCUCUAUUGGUACGAUACACAGGUAAUCGAACGGGUCAACAAGACAUCUGACGGGAGUAUUAGGCGAGGCACGCAUGUGACGUCGAGUCGUGUAGUCUUGACGGAUCUCAUUGCGAUCAAUAUGCCUGAGGACUCGCUCAUGGAGACGCACGUAUGCAGCCCGUUCAACGACUACAGUGGCUGCUCGCACUUCUGCGUCGGCACCAGUACUGUUGCCGACGAGGCCACCUCGACGUUGCCUCGCUGCUCGUGUCCGAAAUCAUUGGUUUUGUCUGACGACGGUCGAACCUGCCGCGCAGCGCCUGUCUGUGGAAAUGAUCACUUUACAUGCGCCGCGCCGAAUGCGGCCGUGAGCAAGGAUUGUAUCCCAGCCACGUGGAAGUGUGACGGCCAAACCGACUGUUCAGACGGCAGCGACGAGCUGGGCUGCCCGACGUGCUCUCGCGAUCAAUUUAAAUGCCAGAAUCAGUGUAUCGAAUUGUCUUGGGUAUGCGAUGGAAUUCAGCAGUGUCUGGAUGGCUCGGAUGAGGCACAAUGCUGUCAAGCCAGGGAAUUUCAGUGUGUCGGAAAUGGUGUCUGUAUCCCAUUGACAUCAUUGUGCGACGGUUGGGACGACUGUGCUGACGGCAGCGACGAGAUGCCGCCGACAUGUCUCAGCGCGCACAAUCCGCAUCGCCAGAACGCCGGACCUGGUAUCAACGAAUCCGGCAAAGUGACUUACAUCAUUACUAUUUUGGUAGUGAUAUUUGUGAUCAUAGCAAGCAUUCUAAGUUACUAUUACUGUCGUAAAAGAUUAUCUGGAAAUGAGGGUCUGCCUGACAUACUACAUGAUUCAGCGGGAGAUCCGCUAUCACCAAAACCUAGUAACAAUAGAAUGGUGAAGCCGAUGUUUGUUUCGCAGAAAGGCAAUAGAAAAGAUCCUGGAGGCCUCAAAGUUGGAAUGGAAGCUGUAAGAAUGUCCAUGUUGAAUGGAAGUAGUAUUGGCUCUAGUUAUGAUCGCAGUCACAUUACAGGUGCGUCCAGUUCUACCAGAGGUAGUUCCGCGGGUGGAUACCCUCACGAGACUUUGAAUCCGCCGCCGAGUCCAGCGACGAUCGUCAGUUCGACGCGUUGCUCGAGCAGCAACGCAUCGCGUUACAAGCCGUAUCGGCACUAUCGGAGCAUCAAUCAACCACCACCACCGACUCCGUGUAGCACAGAUGUCUGUGACGAGUCUGACAGUAAUUACCCAGCGCGCUAUCGUUAUGAGAGCGAACCGUUUCCACCGCCGCCUACCCCACGUUCCGUCUACCACAGCGACGCAGCGAUCAGCUGCCCGCCAUCCCCGAGUUCCAGAUCGUCCACCUAUUUCAGUCCCCUACCGCCACCACCGUCACCGGUACCUUGAGAAAAGUUCUGAAGUAGAGAUAACGCUCUGGUAUUUCUACUUUUGCAUUUAUUCUUCAGUAUUUCUCUUAUCGCCACUGUCGUCACCGAUUACUUAAAUCUUAUGAUAACUAAUAAUAUUAUGGUCAUUUAAAUCGACUAUCACGUGGAAGUUUUGAUAAAAACGCUUAGGCAAUACUUAUUAACUGAGAAUUUAAUGGUAGUUCUUACGGAACAAUGUAUGAAAAAUAUGACAAAAAUAUAUUGGUUUUUAAAGCAAUAUAUUUCUGCUAUAUAGCGAAUUCAAGUAGAUGUGCUAGUGCACACUGGUACAUAUUGAAGACUGUGGUACACUGAUUUAUAUAAAGGCGUAUGUAUAAUAAGCAAUUGAGUUCAAAUGUCUGGAUUAGCGUUUAGUAGAAUAUAUGGGAGCACUUUAUUCAUAAACUUUAUUCGUAAAGCGCUUCAUGUUUACAUUUUUAUAUGUAUUUUUUAAUACUUAGAUUAUAUAUAGUUUGGAUGUACAUAUAAACUAGACUAUACAUACACACAUAUAUAACUUUAAUCUGCACCAGUGUAUUAAUUGAAUUCGCUGUUUAUUUCUCUUUAGCAUAUUAACGAACAGUUUCGUCAAAAGUACCAUAAAAUUAGUGUAUAAUUCAUACGAAGAACUAAGAUUAAUUAUACAAGUAGAAUUGCCGGAGCUAAAUCCUAUUUGAAGAGAUAGUCUCGUGUUAUCUCUCGUUUUACAUUUUUCAAUUUUUGAUGUGAACAAACUUUGAUAAUAAUUUAUAAGAGUUAUUACAUUAGAUGAGACGAUACACUAGAAUUUCUAGAGUUCUUUCGGAACUUAUUAAGACCAUCAUUUUUUAGAUGAAACUUCUGUUAUAAAAAAAAAAUUUUAUUUAUAUAAUCUUUUAUUCAUAUAAUCUUUUUUUUAAUUUUUAAUUUUGGAACGUAAUAGAAAUUCACAAAGAAAUAAUUUUAUAUUUUGAUAACAUUAAUAUAAGACUAUUAGAAACAGUCAUAGUUUAAUUUACAUUUAUAUUGUAGUUAGUAUAAUUAUAUUUGUUAUUUUACAUAUAAUUAUAUAUGAUUUUAUCAUACAUAAUUAUAUUAUACAAUUAUAUAAUUAUGUAAUUAUUGUAAUGGCCUUUAAUGCGUUAAGCUCAAGAGCAAUAAGUGGCAAGAUUUUUAGACUGAUAAAAAAACAUUAUUAUUCAUGACAUAAGAUUUACUUAUAUGUAUAUUAAUAAUCUAUUGAACUCUGCAUACUGGAACAUGCUGCCUCGUAUCAUUUUCGCGUAGACAAACGAACCCGAGAAAGAAAAAAGUAUAUUACAGUUUUAUCUUUUGACGUGCAUUAAAAACUUUUAAUCCAAGAUUAAAUAAUUAUAUUAUUAAUUAUUUUAUUAUAUUUAUUAAUUAUUUUUAUCAGUUAAAGUAAUUAUUAAUUAUAUUAAUUUGUUAAUUAUGUUCAUUAUAACAAUUAUGAUGCUAAGAAUGUUUUAAUCAUAAGAUGUAAACUGAACUUUCAUGUUGAAUUAUACCAGGGGAAAGAUAACAUGAGGUUUAGUGUGCUCGGUGUGUUUCGUAACAGAGUUCAAUUUGUAAUUACUAAACCAUUUGUGCCUGCUAUACAUUUUCAUAGUUUGUAGUGUACAGAGAAAAGAUCACAUUCUAUUGCAGCAACUUUUGUAAAUAUUUAGUUUCAGCAUAGUUUCUAUAAAAUUACGUUUGCAUUACAUCAUACUUGCAACAAAAAACAACCAAUGUAUAUGACCCUUAAAGAUAAGCAUUAGAAAAAAAAUUUUGCCUUGGCAGAUGCCUUUUUUAUAUGCAAAUACUUUGUAGACAUGCAUUUAUCUGUAUUAAUUGUGAUAUCUAAGUAUAUCAUAUUAUUAUUACUAUUAUCAUCGUUAACAGCAAUGUAUAGGUUACUCAUAAUUUAAUUUGAUUAAUGUGGCAGUAACCAAAGGCUGCGUCUCACAUAUUUUAUUAUUAAAUUUAUGACAUUUUCCGUUUCUUUGCUCUAAAAAGGUGACGGUUUUAUAUAUAUAUAUAUAUAUAUAUACAUAUCGUAUUUGUAAAUCCUUCGACGGGUAUGCAGGCGCGACAAAGAAAGAAAAGAAAAUGCCUUCCUGCCAUAAGAUAUUUUUACUAUUUUUCCUGUUAAUAUUUUGUUCAUUCGUUCGAUGGUUAUCGUUAUCUUGCGAAAUAUAUUUACGAGAGUUCAACAACAUAUCAUAUCCGUCUUUUCACACACAACACACACACAUGUACACAUACGUUUGCACAGAUACACAGACAUUAGAUGUAGCGACAGAGAUUAUGCGUCGAAAUCUUUUUAGCAAUAAUCAAUGAAUAUGAACGUUUACAUUGUAACCGUGCGCCAUACGAUGUAUAUACCAUGUUAAUGCAGAAACGGCGUAUCGUUAACGCACACAUAUCCGUUCCUGUAAAAGCGGCGGGUAUACGGCAAGUGAAUGAACGACGAAUGCGAAAUCAGAUAUGUAAAAUUUUCUUCUACAACUCUUGCGAACGUUUUGUUUGCAUUCUCCCAGCGUCUUGUUUUUUUAUGGCUGUUUCUUUAGUAUUACAUUACAUUAGUAUUAUAUUAGUAUUACAUAUAUUACAUUAGUAUUACAUUUGUAUUACAUUAGCCCUCUUACCAUCCUCCUUUGAGAAAAAAAGCAAAAGAACCACGUUAGUAAAGAAAUACAAGUGCAAAAGAACUCCGCUGUUGAUCGUAUAAAAUUCGAGAUAUUUACAUUAUGAAUGGCCUUCCAUUUUGAUUAGAAACUCUUCUUUUUUCUUUUAGAAUUAUUAUUUGAUCAUUCGUGGAGACAAAAACAUCGAAAUAUCUUCUGUAUCUUUAACUUCCGAAUCUCGCAUUCGUCGUUCGUCUGGCGCUUCAAGCGCGGUCGCCGUAUUUCGGGAAACUGUGCCAUAAAUUGUACGAUAGUUCUGUAUGAUACGCAUGACGGUAUCACAGCCUGUACAAAAUGCGCAAACGGAUUGCAAGGACUUUUACCUCGCAUUGCGAUUUCGAAACGGCCUUUUUUAGAUAAAAGAACAAGUAUUAAUAAAACUAUUAUUAUUCUCAUUUCACACGCGCGAAAGACUGACAAAAAAAUUAUUACUGCCUAUAUUAUUUUUACAUCCUCGCAAUUGACGCGCGCGUGCGUCCUCUUGCGCAGUCUAUUAUGUAACAUAUUUAUACAAUGAAUAAACUUGUUUGUUAACGUAAA